AUGGCGAGCGCAGCACCAGCCCAGCCGGCACCGACCGCAGCACCGCAUCAGCCCACGACGGCCAACCCGCAGCUGCUCCCGCUCCAGGAGGACGACGAGUUUGAGGAGUUCCCCGCUGAGGACUGGGACGAGAAGGACACGUACGCGGCGUCGCUCGCGGCCAAGGCGGGCGGUGCGACCCAGGGUCCGGAGGGCGUCAAGGCGCUCGACUCGUUGUGGGAGGACGACUGGGAUGACGACGACGUCGGUGACGACUUUUCGGUCCAGCUCAGGGGCGAGCUCAUCAAGCAGCAGGACCAGAUGCAGUCGUGAACGACAAGGAGGAGAGAAGGAGGAGCAGGGACGACCACCUCGGCCGUUCCAUCGUCGUCGCGCCCGCCGUGUUCGAGGACCCGCCUUGCGAGCGCCCUCGCUGUAACCAUCGCAUGUUUCGUUCGUCUCUC